UCCACGGUGUGCCGGAUGAAUGCAAGCGAUGAUAUUUUGUUCGUUGUUUAGAUGUUUUUAAACGAAGAGAUGGCGUGGAAAAGCAAAGGUUCCCCUCUUCCUCCGGCCUCCAUCCGUCUGCUCGUCCCGCCAGUGCGACUCAUGUCUGCCUUCAUAUGGCAAGUAGUCCAGCAGCACAGCGUGAUGCAGUACGACAAGCUGGUGGACUUCAUCAGUUUGGCUACAGAGAUCGUCCCAGAGCUCCUGAGUCCCAGUCAGAGAGCUCAGCUCAUCCUGGGCCUGAGAACGAGGCUGGUUCUGGAGCUGUGUCGUGGUGACGGCGUCGCCAACUUGCAGACCAUCCAGAGCCACCUGGAUAAAAUCCACGCCUGCAGCGCUGAACUGAGCGCCACUGAUCAGAUGGCCAGUGGUGAUAUACUGAAGACCUCUUACAUCAACUUUGCCGGCCUGGUUCAGAACCUCUUGAAUGUUCCUUUUGAAAAGGAGUUCUUCUUCCAAGAGGUUUUCCCCACAAACUACGGCUCGAACUAUGACCAACGACUGCAGCAGCUGGUGUCUGAGUUCCUGUCCAGACUGGAGCAGCUGCUGCCCACACCAGACCUGCAACAGACAGCAGCCUGGCUCACUGAAACGACAUCUGUGUCAGAAGAAUUUGGACAGAAUCUGUCUGAACCGUUUGGCCUGAAGAGUCUGCUGCUUCAUCACAGACAGUUGGGGAGUCUGAGCACCGCUCCUUCCAGCAGCGAGGAAGAUAUCCUUUUGUCCACUCUGGCCCUACCUGCUCAAACCGGAAUGGAGAGGUUCACUGAGCCGUUCAGUGAAGACGAUGAUUAUGACAAUGAGGAAGAGACCCUGGCAGUGGACGAUUUAGAAGGAGACUCCAGUCAAAGCGCCGACGUCACCGCAGAUGAUUGGUUGCCGAAAAGGGAAUCAGGUCCUCUGUCGCGUUUAUUCAUCUGCCCUCAGUGUUCAUUCACUCACCGCAUCAAGAGGAAGGUCCAAGAGCACAUCCAGAGUGAGCACCACGCAAGAGCUCCCUGUGAGAAAAAACUACCCGUGACGAAAGCCAGAGCAACGACUCGGCAGAAAACUAAAGACCUGAACGGGGAAAAGAAGAAACUCGAAGGCAACGUAGAGCAAAAGAGGAAACGCAAACAAAAAGGCGGUGUUGAAAAAAAGCGGGAACGUAAGCAGAAGGACAACCUGGAAAACAAGGAACAACGUAGACGGAAAGAGCCCACGGGGGAAGACAAAAGGUUUCUGAGCACGCGACCCGUCGACAAAAACUUCUCAGAGGAAGAAACUAAAUGCCUGAAGUGUGAAAAGGUUUUUGAACUUCCCAAUCAGCUGAAGGCUCACAUGAAGCUUCACAGCUUCACGUACUGCUGCACCCAAUGUGAGAAGGGAUUCACCAGCCCCUCCGGUUAUUACCAGCACCAGCGGCUCCACAAGAGAGGACGGAUAUUUGUCUGCAGCCAGUGCGACAAGGGGUUCCUGUGCAGGUAUUCGCUGAAGCAGCACGAGCGCCUGCACGAAGGCCCCACCAACCUGUGCACCAUCUGCGGGAAAAGCUUCAGCAAAGCGGGAAUUACGAGACACAUGCAGAUGCACAAAGGGGAGAAGAACUACUUGUGCACCAUGUGCGGGAAGUCCUUUUUGUCCUCCGGGGAGCUGCUGCUGCACACUCGCUCCCACACGGGCGAGAUGCCGUACACCUGCACGCACUGUGGGAAGGGCUUCUCCAGCAAGAGCCACCUGAACGUCCACACGCGCUCCCACACGGGGGAGCGUCCGUACCUGUGCUCGGAGUGUCCGAAGCGCUUCCUCACACUGAACUGCCUGAAGAGACACACGCUCAGCCACAACGGGGAGAAACCGUUUAAGUGUCCGAACUGUGAGAGAGAGUUCUCCCAGCAGGGGAAUCUGAAGAGACACCUGGCAACUCAUCAACCUGAAACGUAAUGGUGGACACGGAGCAGGACGUAGUCAUGAUUCAUACCCCUACCAAAAUAAACGUUCAUUUUCACACAACAAUUCAGGUUCAUAGUUUAUUAUAGAGUAUUCAGUAGCAGUAAGUGGACAGUAAAGUAUCUGCUUUGAGUUCUUCAUGGCAUAGAGUUACCAAACUAGUGCAUUUUACCAACACUAGUGUCCUUGCUUAGUUUUAGGCUCCUACUUUGUCACCUUUUUCUUUAAAUUCUGCACCCUACUUUGCAUACGUCAUAUUCAACUGUGAGCAGAAUAACAGUGUUGCAGACGGCUGGAUUUAUAUACACUGAUGGUGCAGAAGACAGUUAUUUGAGUUGUGAUAAAUCUUUCAUUCUUUAACUCCUGUGUGGAUCAAUUAUUAACUAAAUAUGUAAUGGCAGGUUGUAGUACCGUGAUAGUUGAGGAUGAUGAAACAGACCUGAAAUACAAAUGUAAAAGGAAGUGGAAAAACACAGCUCUAGGAAAUGCAAUUUAUUUGCAAUUUUUUAAUAACAUCAUUCCUCAGAUAAAAAUGCAAUGUUACAGGAAUAUACAUCAGAUAUUAAUUUAAAACUUGCUUUCAAGGGACCAUACAGUCUAAAUAUACUUUUUCCUUUUUUUAUUUACUGGUAGCGUGCGUUAUAAGCAAGACAGACUCUGUCACCAAUGACAGACUGACAAGUUACAGAUACAAACUGUACAUUACUUAUUUACAAAUCAACUUUUUGUUUGGUUUUUCGUUUCACUUUUUAUUGAAAAUAGGAGUAGAAAAAGUGAUUGAAUUAAUAUUCUGAUUCAUUUCAUUUGUAUUCUUUCCCUUUCUAAAAUGUAAAAUGAAGUGAAUGAACGAAAAAAAAAAUAA